ACGCCCUUUCUUUAUUAGUCUCGAGUUAAAUGCAUUAUUUGAAUGGCUAUACUGUAUUUUUUUUAAUUGGGUAGUUAUAAAACAUAAACGACUGUCUCCCCUUCGUCUUGUACAGUUAUUUGCUAAUUUUCCCUUGCAACUAACUAGCUAGUCGGGUUUUACUAUAUCUGGUCGGGUGGUAUGUUGUUGGGUUGGGCGGAGAAGGCAACUAACGUUGGCUAGUUUAGCAGGCUAGCCACUUAAUUCGCCGGGUGGUUGGACUCAAUGAACGGGAUUGGUAACUAAAGAAAGCAGAAUUUGCUAACGCAGAAUGCAUAAGGAAGAGGAGGUGGCCAAGCUGCAGAAGCACCUAGCCCUGCUGAGGCAGGAGUAUGUGAAGAUGCAGCAGAAGCUGGCUGACACAGAGAGGCGAUGUGCCGUGCUGGCUGCUCAAACCUCCGGCCAGGGCUCCACCAACACCUUCGGAACUGGGGCAGGAGACACCUUCAUCAGCCGUCUGCUGGACAUCGUGGCCCAGCUCUACCAGCAGGACCAGUACAGUGAUCUGAAGGUGACGGUUGGAGAGAUGACGCUCAACGCUCACAAGUUUGUCCUGGCUGCUCGCAGUGAUGCCUGGAGCCUGGCCAACCUGGCCUCCACCUCAGAACUGGACCUGUCUGAUGCCAAACCAGAGGUUGCCAUGGCAAUGUUGCGCUGGGCCUAUACAGACAACUUGGAGCUCAGCGAGGACGAUGCCUUCCUCAUCGACCUGAUGAAGCUGGCCAACCGCUUCCAACUGCAGCUGCUUCGAGAGAGGUGUGAGAAAGGGGUGAUGUCAUCGGUGAACGUGAGAAAUUGUAUCCGGUUUUACCAAACGGCUGAGGAGCUGGACGCCACAACCCUCAUGAACUACUGUGGAGAGAUCAUCGCCAGCCACUGGGAUGACCUGAGGAAAGAGGACUUCAGCACUAUGAGUGCUCCUCUGCUCUACAAGAUGAUAAAGUCUAAAACGGAGUUCCCACUUCACAAAGCCAUCAAGGUUGAGAGGGAAGACGUGGUCUUCCUCUACCUCAUUGAGAUGGACUCGCAGUUGCCUGGGAAGCUGAAUGAACUGGACAACAAUGGGGACUUGGCUAUGGACCUGGCUCUGUCUGGUAAACUGGAGAGUAUCGCCACAACGCUGGUCAACAACAAGGCAGAUGUGGACAUGGUGGACCAGAGUGGUUGGAGCCUUCUGCACAAAGCCAUCCAAAGAGGUGAUGAGUUUGCCUCCACUUUCCUGAUCCGACACUCGGCCCAGGUGAACGCGGCCACGGUUGGAGCGGUGGAGACCCCCCUGCACCUGGUGUGCUCCUUCAGUCCCAGGAAGCACUCUGGGGACGUGAUGAGUGGCAUGGCCCACAUCGCAGAGGUUCUGCUCAAGACAGGGGCCAACCCCAACAUGCAGAACAGCAAGGGAAGAACUCCUUUGCAUGAAGCGGUGGUGUCGGGGAACGAGCCUGUGUUCACCCAGCUCCUACAGUGCAAACAGCUGGACCUGGAGCUGAAGGACCAUGAGGGUAGUACAGCGUUGUGGCUGGCCCUGCAGUACAUCACCGUGUCCUCUGACCCCAAUGUUAACCCAUUCGAGGACGAUGCUCUGGUGGUGGAGAACGGAACAUCGUUUGAUGAAAACAGCUUUGCAGCCCAGCUCAUCCAGAGAGGCAGUAACGCAGACGCACCAGACACCGCCACAGAAAACUGUCUACUGCAGAGGGCAGCAGGUGCAGGCAGUGAGGCUGCCGCCCUCUUCCUGGCCACACAUGGGGCAAAGGUCAACCAUGCCAACAAAUGGGGUGAAACCCCUCUCCACACGGCGUGUCGCUGUGGUCUGGCGGGCCUGACGGCAGAGCUGCUCCAACAGGGAGCUAACCCUAACCUGCAGACCCAGAAGGCCCUCCCCGAUGACGCCCAGGGGGUGUCUCUACAGAGCCCCCUCCACAUGGCCAUUGUACACAACCACCCUGACGUGGUGUCAGUCAUCCUGGAGCAGAAAGCCAAUGCUCUUCAUGCCACCAACAACCUGCAGAUCAUCCCAGAUUUCAGCCUCCUAGACUCCAUGGACCAGACGGUGUUGGGCCUAGCCCUCUGGACAGGUAUGCACACCAUAGCAGCCCAGCUCCUGGGUUCUGGGGCAUCCAUCAACAACACCAUGUCCAACGGUCAGACCCUGCUCCACAUGGCCAUCCACAGACAGGACAGCAAGAGUGCUCUGUUUCUCCUGGAACACCAGGCUGACAUCAACGUCAGGACCCAGGAGGGAGAGACGGCGCUGCAGCUGGCCAUCAGUAAUCAACUUCCCCUGGUGGUGGACGCCAUCUGCACGCGGGGGGCGGACAUGUCCGUGGUGGACAAGAGGGGACACCCCCCUCUGUGGCUGGCCCUGGAGAAUGGUCUAGAGGACAUCGCCUCCACACUGGUCCGACACGGCUGUGACGCCACCAGUUGGAGCUCUGGUCCCUCAGGCUGUCAGCAGACCCUCCUCCACAGGGCCGUGGAUGAGAACAACGAGGUCACCGCCUGCUUCCUCAUCCGCAGUGGUUGUGAUGUGAACAGCCCGCGGCGUCCAGGCCCUGACGGGGAGGGGGGUGAGGAGGCCAGGGACGGACAGUCACCCCUCCACCUGGCAGGCAGCUGGGGGCUGGAGGAGGUGGUACAGUGCCUUCUGGAGUUUGGAGCCAACGUCAACACACAGGAUGCAGAGGGCCGAGCUUCAAUCCACGUUGCCAUUAGCAACCAGCACAGCGUCAUCAUUCAGCUGCUCAUCUCCCACCCGGACAUCCGUCUGAACCUACGUGACCGCCAGGGCAUGACCCCCUUCGCCUGCGCCAUGACCCACAAGAACAACAAGGCUGCAGAGGCCAUCCUCAAGAGAGAGCCUGGGGCUGCCGAACAGGUGGACAACAAAGGGCGUAACUUCCUGCACGUGGCGGUGCAGAAUUCUGACAUCGAGAGUGUUCUGUUCCUGAUCAGUGUCCAGGCCAACGUGAACUCCCGGGUGCAGGACGCUGCCAAGCAGACCCCUCUACAUCUAGCUGUUCAUGCUGGCUCUGAAAUGAUCGUCCGUAACCUGCUGCUGGCCGGGGCCAAAGUGAAUGAGCUGACCAAACACAGACAGACCGCUCUACACCUGGCAGCCCAGCAGGACCUGGCUACUAUCUGCUCUGUGCUGCUGGAAAACGGAGUGGACUUCACCGCUGUGGACGAGAAUGGCAACAACGCUCUACACCUGGCCGUAAUGCAGGGUCGGCUUAAUAAUGUGCGAGCCCUUCUCACAGAGUCCAACAUCGACGCUGAGGCCUUCAAUCUCCGGGGCCAAUCACCGAUGCACGUCCUGGGGCAAUAUGGGAAAGAGAAUGCAGCAGCCAUCUUUGAGCUUUUCUUGGAGUGUAUGCCUGAGUACCCUCUGGACAAAGUGGACAAUGAAGGGAACACCGUUCUGUUGCUGGCCUACAUGAAGGGCAAUGCUAACCUGUGUCGUGCCAUCGUGAGGUCUGGUGCACGUAUGGGCCUCAACAACAACCAGGGAAUCAACAUCUUCAACUACCAAGUAGCCACCAAGCAGCUGCUCUUCCGCCUUCUAGAUAUGUUGUCCAAAGAGCCCCCGUGGUGUGAUGGAUCAAACUGUUAUGAAUGUGCUGCCAAGUUUGGAGUCACCACAAGGAAACAUCACUGCCGUCACUGCGGCCGCUUGCUCUGCCAUAAGUGUUCUAUAAAGGAGAUCCCCAUCAUUAAGUUUGACCUGAACAAGCCUGUGAGGGUCUGUGAUGUCUGCUUCGACGUGCUGACUCUGGGUGGGGUGUCCUAAUGCAGUGGACAGCCUGCUCCUCCAUCUUCCCACCACCCUGACACCAUAGGCUGGGCAACAACAGGAGAUCGGGCGACACGGCAGUGGCAGCCAGGGCUAGAGUUACAGACAGACCACAACCUCUGUACUAUUCAUUCCAGUCUAUCAAAACAUGUUCGCUAAUGUUCCAACAGGACUUAAGAAGUAGAAUAUAAAAACAUUAUACAUGUUUUUUUUUUUUUUAUCAAAUGAAUCACGUAGUGAAAAUUGGAUAAAAUGAAAGUAGCUUGCUUGGCUCAAUGACUCCUGGACUGGGCUGGUUGGGGAGAGGGAGAUGCUAAUCAUAUUGUCAUGAUUUGACCUGAUAUCGUUCAUCAGGUGUUUGAAGGAAUCAUGAGAAUCAGUGAUGAACUUGUGACUGUGUCAGAUUGAAUCAGUGAUGAACGUGUAAUGGUGUCAGAUUGAGUCAGUGAUGAAUGUGUAAUGGUGUCAGAUUGAGUCAGUGAUGAAUGUGUAAUGGUGUCAGAAUCAGUGAUGAACAUGUGAUGGUGUCAGAUUGGAACAUGUGAUGGUGUCAGAGCCCUAACCCUGGUCUCGGCUGAGAGCGGAACAGACCGACAGCUUGUGUGCAGCAGCAGCCUCACUGGCCUAAUCAUCAACUGAAUCCAUCACUGCACUGUGCUGGUGAGACAGGAAACAGCAGCUGAGCUUGCUGCCCUCUAAGACCUGCCCUGUGUUACAAUCAGCUGACCUUUGUCCCGAAAUGUGCACUAGUUCACUUCCCUUCAUGGAUUUAAAAGAAAAGGACUGUUAUAAGAAAUGUUAAUGUGCUGUAUUUUCUCUUUACUGUUGGCGAUGUGGCUGGUUCAAUAUGAACUAGAUGGGUUGGUUGGAUUUUAAGGGAAUGGAGUUGAGACUAUUUUUCAUAUACAAAAAAAGACAUCUAUUUGAAUUGAUGAUUCAAUGAUGGAUUUAAUGAUUAAAAUGUUCAUAAAACGCUAAUUGGGUUAAAUAUAUUGCUGAAUUAACUCUCAAUACUUAAAGAAGUGAUCUCUGCUUUAAAAAAAAAAAUGUAUGUGAGAUUAUAUUCACAUGAUUUGAAAUGUAACGGCAUAAAAUAACCUCCAUAAGUGUUUCUAGACCACGGGGUAAAGAUUUAGAGCAUCAGUAAGUGGGACUAGGCACUCAACUAUCUUUACAAUUGAGGAUUUGUUAGUCCCAAAUGCAAAAUAGUUCUUGCUUUGAAAUUUUACUUAUGAUAAAAUACCUAUUAUACUUAUGCAUGUCAUUUAAUUUGUAGCCGAUAAUUUUGUAUUAUCUUAUAAUCAUUGUGAAUUGUGUCUGUUUCCCAGACCACCAAAGUGUACAUUCCAAUUCCUUGUAAUCUGGGUCUUUAGUAAGGUCUUGUUGUUGGGGGGGGGGGCAUUGUUAUAUGUAAAAUGCUCCAAUUGCUAUUGCCUCAAGUGUUGUCUUGACCUGCCAGGCUAGUUUCCCAGACCCAGAUUAAGAUGAGUCCAGGACAAGAAAAAAAAAACACUUUCAAUGAAAAUGUUCAGGCCUUUAGUCCAGAAAUAGGUUUAAUAAUCUGUGUCCAGGAAACCAGCCUGUAUGUUUUAAUGCGUCUGGAUUUCAAAACCUAACAGGUGCACUUUAUCAAAGAUCACAUGACAUUUCUGACAUAAGGGGAGAGAAUGUGAGAGGAGUUGGUGGUGGCCAUUGGUCCACUAUAAGCAUUGUUAAAUUGUACAGAAAUGUAUAAUAUUUUUGACCACUACAACUGUUUUGUACUUAAUGCAGUUUGUGCUUUUUCUUUUGUCAUUGUGACAAAACUGAAAUGUUUGCCUCUUAAUCUUUUCUGAACGUUGUGUUCUCUCUAUGCUCAGAUAUCUAGCCCGUCUCUUCCUUCCAUGUCCUUUUAGAGAAAAGGGAGGACGACUUUUCAUAAAGUUAAUCAAAAAUAAACACAGAAUCUUGUU